UUUCUUUGAUAUAAACAAUAUUAUAAAGUUCAAGGUCACUAACCACUACCAAAAGCAAAAUAGUGGAAAUGGCACUGGCCCAUCAGGUAUUUUCACGAUGUAUUCAAGGUCAGAGGUUACUUUUGUGUUCCACACAUAUAAAUACAGUUGCACAAAAACGUGGGAUUUUCUACAAGAAGAAAAUUAUUUGGACUGAAAACACUCCCAAAUGGCUCUUUCAUGAAUACAAGUUUACCUUACAAGAACUAAAGUCCUUCGUCAAAAAGAAUCAGCUUGUUGAUAUUAAAGAAGAACAGAAAUAUGAUGAAGUUAAAGUGGCACAGGCAGGAAAAGACCUAGCAGCUGCACAUAUGUUCCUAAAACUUGGUGGAAAGGUGAAAUUUGUAGAUGAUGAUGUAUGGUAUCAGAAGUUUGAGCAUCAACCAUCACCAUUACCUACAACAUAUGAAGAGGGCUAUAAAGUGGAGGCUGUUGAUGUAUCUAAUAUAGUUUUCCUGCAUGAAGGUCUACAAUAUUUUUAUGAACUGGAGCAUGUUAAAUUUAUUCGGUUAUCAAAGAGUAAAUAUGUGGAUGAUUGGUACAUAGAAACGAUUAUACAGACCUGUCCUAAUUUAGAGGCUUUAGAUAUCAGUGAUUGUCCUCAAAUAACAGAUAAUGGCCUUGAGAUUCUCUAUAGAUUAAAAAAUCUGAAAGUUGUCAACAUUACAAACUGUCAUAAGAUUAAAUGCAGUGAGGCAAUAUGUGCUCAACUGUAUGAUCAGCUACCAGAUCUGAAUGUUAUCGGACUUGAUUCUUUAACUAAUGUGACAGGAAGUGUCGAUUUACUUGAAUAUGAAAUGAACACAAGUAGAUACAUGUCCUGGGGAUCCUUUUUAAACCAGAAACUUGGUCUCAACAAUGAAAUAAACAUUGAUGAUUUCAUGGUGUCACAGAUGAAAAAGUUAGGAAUAGAAAUUGACAGUGAUAAAGACAAUGCAAAUGCAGGAAAAAAGGAUGUUACUGAAGCACAUAAAGAUAGCCAUGUUGAAUCAGAUCUUAAACAUUCUACAGUAGGUUCUGUAAAUACUUAGAAUCAGGAUUUCAAGUCUUAUAUUGGUAGUUAUCAAUAAGAUAAGUAAGAUUGUAGCAGUAAUUUGUACUUUUACAUGUGAAAUUAUGACCCGGUGGUUCUUUAUGGAAAAUUACAACUGUAAGAAUUGCUUUCAGAUUAACAACAUGAAUUGGCUUUGUUCAUGAUGAAAUUAUGCAUUUAUUUUUUCGAUCAGCUUUUUGAAAGGAAAAAAUCUGGCAUGCACAUUUUGAUUUCAGUUCUGAAGACAUUCUGUUAUGAUGAAGAUUACCGAUAUCUCACAGUGCAGUACAUUAAUUAUUGAAAUAUAUUUUAACUGUAGCCAAACUUUUAGAUGAGUUGUAUUUGUAAUUAAUAAUUGGAAAUUACAACAGAAACAUGUUAACUGCAAGCACAGAAACAUCAACUCAUGUAUACAUGUUAACAGGUGAAAAAUAUCUGCUAUUUUGUGAUGUUGUACUUUGUUAAGAACAUCAGAAAUCAUUUAAUGGUUUUAAUUGUUGAUACCUUUAAAAAGAUUUGGAACUAGUAAUAAAAUUUGUUUUUGUUAUGCGAAGAAUCAAAUAGUUUUUCAUUCCUGCCCAUCAGCUUUUAUAUUUUCACUUGUUUCUAUGAUGCUUAUGAAAUUAGAACAUCUUUUUACACUCAAAAAAAUCUCUACAAUGCACUUUGGUAAUAUUAUUAAUGUAAUAAGUUUUUUUCUGCAUAUCUGCAUUACUUUUUUAUAGUUACUCAGAUGGCCUAGUAUAUUUUAUGUAUUUCUUAAUAACAUUUAGACAUAGAAAACAUAUAAUUAUAAAUGGGUCAUCUGAACAUUCUUGCUUAGUGUUAAAGAAUAAGAUAUAUAUUUAUUAAAUUCAGAUUUUGACACUAUAGAAAUUGCAUUCAAGACCAUCCAAUGGAUAAUCCUGUGAUUGCGAUAUGAGAAAUAAAGAGUUUGAACUGUUA